AUGCGCAAGUCCGAUGCCGUCGUGGCCCUGGCCUCGGCCGGGGCCGCCUCCGCGCUCAUCAUCCCGCUCGCUAACAACCUGCUCGGGCCGUUGGUUCGCACCUCCACCAUCCCCGGCACCACGUACCCGGGCCUCGAGAUCAAGGUCUCUAUCCCGCCGAUAGGCGUCCAGCCCAUCGCGAUCCCGGUCAUCAACUUGCCCCCGGUCGCCGUGCCGUCCGUCACGGCACCCUCGGUGGCCCUCCCUUCGGCGGCCCUUCCGUCUAUCGCGAUCCCCUCGCUCAACCUGCCGUCUGUCACGCUGCCGUCCAUUGCUAUCCCGUCUGUCACGCUUCCGUCUCUGGCGUUCCAUCACUGUCGAUCCCGGCACUCUCAUUGCCGUCUAUUGCAGUUCCGCCUCUGUCGAUCCCGUCGGUAG